AUGCGUUCUUCUUUGGCUUACGGAGCCUUGCUCCAAGCAUCGCUAUACUCUCUCGCCAGCGCUUCGUCAGCACCUACACCUCGUCGCGUCUAUCAAGCCGAAGCUCUCGCAGCUCAGGUCACUGCAUCCCCCGUCGACAUCUCUCCCUCACGCACCGAUGAGAGACUCCGCCGCGAUAUCCUCAGCGAUGUCAAGUCAGACGUUGGUUCAGUCCUCGGUGGACUCGGUUCAGACCUUCCAUCAUGGGUUGCUUCAGGUGUCCCAAACUUCUUCCAGGGUUUCCCCACUGGUGACGCUGUCGUCUCAUCGCUCGGCCUGAACGAUGCCCAGGUCUCUGCAUUGCCAACCCAAGUCCUCAACCUCGACCCUUAUGCCAACUGGACCGAGUCUGGCUGGAAUGUCAGAUUCCACGGAAAUGUUUACAAGCAGCCUAACACCUCUACUGCCGAUUUAAACCGCCUGGCCAACAUCUUCCUUGUCGACACUUCUGUUGAAGAUCUUCCUCCGGACCAAGCAGACCGAGCCCGCAAUGUGACUGCCAGCAUCUUUGUCAUCCAGCAAGGAGACGUAGCUGUUGCUCCUAUCCACCUUGAUCCUGCCGCAUCUCAAGGUUCUUCUGGCGAACCGGGUGGUGGUGGUGCAGUUACUCCCAGCGGCGGAAACCAGACUGUGACCCUUCCAUACAACACCACUGUUGAGGGUGACUUUGAUGUCUUUGUUCCCAUUAACGGCGAUGGUCUUAUGAAUGGAAACGAGACUGAGGAAGUUCAGCGCUUGAACACUCAUGUCGAAGGCGCUUCUAUCGGAAAUUCCACAGCAUAUCUCGUACCCACUACCGGUCUUACUGUCGUCAGUGACAUCGACGAUAUUCUCCGUAUCACCAAGAUCUACGAGCCUGCUCAGGGUCUGCUCAAUUCCUUCGCGAAGCAAUACGUCGCCUGGGAGAACAUGCCCGACAUCUAUGCAAACUGGAGCAAAAGCUUGCCCAACAUGCACUUCCACUACCUGACAACCACUCCUGAGCAAGUCACCAGAGACUACAUGAACUUCACCUACAACAACUACCCUGGAGGCUCGUUCGACACACGCCCUCUCAACUUCUCUGAUGUCUCUGCCACUCUUUCCAUUCGCAAGUUUCUUCUGGUCAAGAUCUUCGAGACAUUCCCUCAGAGAAAGUUCAUUCUUGUCGCCGACACUAGCAACAGCGAUGUCAUGAGAGACUACCCUCAGAUGGCAACCGACUACCCUGAUCAAGUGCAGUGCAUCUUCUUGCGCAACACUACCGCCACAGACCCUGGUGACAGAUUCCCCUACAACACCGAAGGUUUCAAGAACUUGAACCAGGAGAAGUACAUGUUCUUCCUCCACCCUGAUGACCUCACCAAUCUCGAUAUCGCCAACGGACAGUGCUACAACCAGUCGAUUGCCCAGAACCUGACCUUUGGUUACCAGGGACUGCCUCUCGGUAUUGGAGACACACCCACUGCCGUUAACGCUUCUGCUACUGGCGCCGCCAACAAGACUGGCAAGAGUGGAGCAUCUGCAUUCAAGAGCAAGGACGUUGUUGGUGCACAGAGCUCGUUGGCUCUCGUCGCAGCACUGGGAGCUGCUAUGUUCAUGUUCCUCUAG